AGGGAGCGGCUUGGGGCUGCCCCUCCAAGGCAUUCCUUGCUCACAAUGUAUAGAACAAAAGUCAGUUUGAAAGACCGUCAGCAACUUUAUAAACUGAUAAUUAGUCAGCUGCUAUAUGAUGGAUACAUAAAUAUUGCCAAUGGCUUGAUAAAUGAGAUAAAACCACAAUCAGUCUGUGCACCAUCUGAACAACUGCUGCACCUAAUUAAGUUAGGAAUGGAGAACGAUGACAGUGCUGUUCAAUAUGCAAUUGGACGGUCAGAUACAGUAGCUCCAGGCACAGGAAUUGACUUGGAAUUUGAUGCAGAUGUACAGACCAUGUCUCCUGAGGCUUCUGAAUAUGAGACUUGUUAUGUCACAUCUCAUAAAGGACCUUGUCGUGUAGCUACAUAUAGCAGAGACGGACAGUUAAUAGCUACAGGAUCUGCUGAUGCCUCAAUAAAAAUUCUUGAUACAGAGAGAAUGUUGGCCAAAAGUGCUAUGCCUAUUGAGGUCAUGAUGAAUGAGACAGCACAGCAAAACAUGGAAAAUCACCCUGUUAUUCGGACUCUGUAUGAUCAUGUGGAUGAAGUUACAUGUUUAGCUUUUCAUCCAACAGAACAGAUCCUAGCAUCUGGUUCAAGGGACUACACACUUAAAUUGUUCGAUUAUUCAAAACCUUCUGCCAAAAGAGCCUUCAAAUAUAUACAGGAAGCAGAGAUGUUGCGCUCAAUUUCUUUUCACCCUUCUGGAGAUUUCAUACUUGUUGGUACCCAGCACCCUACUUUACGACUGUAUGAUAUCAAUACUUUCCAGUGUUUUGUGUCUUGCAAUCCUCAAGAUCAGCACACUGAUGCUAUAUGUUCAGUAAAUUACAACGCAAGUGCAAACAUGUAUGUGACAGGAAGUAAGGAUGGAUGCAUCAAACUGUGGGAUGGUGUUUCAAAUCGCUGUAUCACUACUUUUGAGAAGGCACAUGAUGGAGCGGAAGUCUGUUCUGCUAUUUUUUCCAAAAAUUCAAAGUAUAUCUUGUCAAGUGGAAAAGACUCUGUAGCUAAACUAUGGGAGAUAUCCACUGGUCGAACACUGGUCAAAUACACAGGAGCUGGUUUGAGUGGACGACAAGUACACAGGACACAAGCUGUCUUCAACCACACAGAAGAUUAUGUGCUGCUUCCAGAUGAAAGGACCAUAAGUCUCUGCUGCUGGGAUUCAAGAACUGCUGAACGGAGAAAUCUUCUUUCUCUUGGGCACAACAGCAUUGUCCGUUGUAUUGUCCAUUCUCCUACCAAUCCUGGCUUCAUGACCUGCAGUGAUGACUACAGGGCUAGAUUUUGGUACAGAAGGUCAACGACAGACUAAGGACAGCUUUAUAAAACAGUGAUUAUCCAGAUUGAUUAUAUCAUCUUGUAUUGAUUGUACUGCCAACAGAUGCCUAGAUGAAAGCCGUGCUGUGUGUGUUUUUUAAUUCUGUCAAACGUGGCAGAAAAAAUAUAAAAACACUGAGAUUAAGUUUUGCCCCAUGCUAAUUUUUUUAUUAGUGUGUGUGGCAUUAAUUUUUGUAAGUCAUCUCUAAUUGUACUCAAGGGCGGGGGGGAGGGGCGGGCAGAAUAAAAUGAUCCUUGCAGGAAGGAUUAAACUUGUUUUCCUGUCUUUCUAAAUCCCGCGAAAGGUAAUGUGACUGUAUCUUGCUCAAACUGGGCAGUAUGAGCCAGUUUUGCUCUGCAUUGUAUCUGUGCAAUCCCACUGAAGUCUCUUUAAAGAGUGGAUUACACAAGUAACAGCAGAACUUAGAAAAUAUUUUAAUGAAGCCUUAAGCUGCCUUCAGUUCUGAUUCA